UCUGCCGUGGUAAGAGGAAAAUUUGUUUUCUGCUUCUCAUUCUUGACAGCUUGUUUGCAACCAGGGCUGCUGAUGAAGGUUAAUGUAUCGAAGUAGAUUCACAACUCAACAUUUCGACGGCACAGACAUUUGACUGGGAUGGUAUCAUGGAGAGAGACAAUCAUCAAGAAGGAGAGGCACAGGGAGUCAAGAUUUGUGGUCCACCGUCUGCGAGCAAUCCACCUGGUGACACGUUGGCCACAUCUCUCUCCCUCUUGGGGAAUCACAUGUUUCCUGACGCAGUGAAGAGAAACAACAGUGCAAGUAUUAGCAAAGAGGAAACUGCAGAUUCCCUCUCUUCAGAUGUCUCAGCAGAGGAGCAGAGUCUGGAUGCAGAACCUAUUUCUAACCAGGUAACAAAGCUAGAGACUGAGGAGACACAAAACUCAGAGUGUCACAAUAAUGUGUCCGCCCAGCAGUCUGUUGGGGAAAGCGAGGAGGCUGCCGCUGACAAUGACCAGAGCGACUCCGGGGAGUUCGUUGUUACAAUGCUGGCCAAGGCCAAGCUGGAGGAGCAGGGUAUCGGUGUUAAAGGAAGGUCAUCUCCCUUGUUGGAGGCAGGGACCCAGGAAUCCCCUGCCUUUAUGUCUCACCGUGAGGAGGACGUGACAUCUGAGAGUUGGCGGCAGCACAGGAAGCAUGUUUUUGUGCUCAGCGAAGCGGGCAAACCGAUCUACUCCAGAUACGGUAGUGAAGAGGCUCUAUCAUCCACGAUGGGAGUCAUGAUGGCACUGGUUUCCUUUGUUCAAAGUGGAGAUAAUAUUAUCCGCUCAGUCUACUCAGAGGAGCACACCGUAGUAUUCCUACAGAAAGGGCCACUCGUGUUGGUGUGCGUGUCCAGCAGUCGUCAGUCUGAGCGGCAGCUGCGUGGAGAGCUCCUCUAUGUGUACUAUCAGAUCAUAAGCAUGCUCACCCAGGCUAGCAUAUCCCGCAUCUUUGAGCACAAGAAAAACUACGACCUGAGGAGACUCCUUGCCGGAUCAGAGAAGAUCCUGGAUGGUCUCCUCAACCUGGUGGAUUCUGACCCCAGUUUCCUGCUCGCAGCCGUUCACUGCCUGCCUUUAGCAUCAUCUCUCAGGGAUUCUCUCAGCCAGAUCCUGCAGAAAGCCAUCACGCCCAAUCUGGUUUUCUCUAUCCUCAUCGCCAACAACCAGCUGCUCACGAUCGUCCAGGAAAAGACGGUCAUUGAGGACAGCAGGCUGGAGCCCGCAGAUGUCCACCUCCUGCUCAACCUCAUCGGAGCCUCCUCCGCCUUUCAGGCCGGGGAGAUCUGGACUCCAAUCUGCCUCCCCCUCUUUAAUCCGGACUGUUAUUUUUAUGCAUAUAUUUCUUACCUGGACCCCCCAGAAUGCACUGUUUGUUUGCUGCUGCUCUCGACGGACAAGGAGGCUUUCUACUCAGUAGCUGAGUGUAAGAGGAAGAUAGAGGAGGCCAUGGCGACUCAGAUCCUGAGCCUCAUCGCCAAGGUCCAGUCUUACAGCGUGAGCCAGGUGGGCGUCUCAGACCUCAGACACUUCAUGUACAAGCCCUUCGAUGUGCCAGACAACUACCGCCAGCUCACGCAGUUCACCAGCCCAGAGAUGGAGGCACCGUACAGCAGUGACGAAGAGAAAAUGAGACUGCUAGACCUUUAUCGCUACAUGCACAGCCGCAUCCACAGCCCCUCACGACCACUCAAGCUGAUUUACCACGUCGCUGAGAGGGAAACUCUGCUAGCCUGGGUCACGAGUAAAUUUGAGCUGUACACCUGCUUCAGCCCUCUGGUGACGAAGGCCUGUGCCAUUACAGCCAUCACUAAGCUUCUAAGGUGGAUCAAAAAGGAGGAGGACCGUCUCUUCAUCCGAUACCCCCCGAAGUAUUCAACCACCCCAAACCCCAGUAAGAGCUCUCGAGGGGCCAAAUCUGACCAGCAAGACUCCACAGAUAACGGCUUCUUAUCUCUUCUAUAGGACUCUCUUAGUGCUACUCUAGCUGCUCCGCCUCAGUCAACAAUAGUUUCUACACUGGUUCCGAGAUAUUUUUUCAACACUUGGACUUGACAGACUUUGACUACUGGAAUCAAACACUACGUUUUACACUAUUUAAGAAGGAACGAUCUCUUUCCAACUAAAGCGAGCCAGGGCAAGAUAAAAAGCAUCGGUGCGUUUUAAAUGUGACUGUGGUAGAAGAAAAAUGGCAGUGAUAUUUAAAUGUUUUUUAUAUUGUUUUAUUACUACGUCAAAAGAGACAGAUUCCUUGCGGACAGUGAAUGUAUCAAACAGAUGAGAGAUCCUUUAAAGGCUCGUGCUGCCCAUCUCUUCUUUCUGGUCUAAGUUAAGGUGAAAGGUAAGGCAGACUGUAAUUGGGUUUUUUUGUUUCUUUUUGGGACAUGCCGCAAAAAGUCCGUAAUGUUACACAACAGGAUAUGCAAGAAAUGAAAGUAUGCUGCGUUAAGGUUUAAUCUAAACCGGAGAAACAACAACUGGAACUGGUAGAACUGGGAUUGGCUGCUAUUUGUCACACAGAGCCAUGAGCAAUCAUCGCCCUGUAUGAAUUACGUGGCACUUCCCUGUUGCAGAACCUGAAAACAUUGUGUUACUUCAUAUCCGACUGAUGUUUCAAACUCAUUUUAAAAUGGUCAGGUUUCAUUUAUGUUACACAAAACAAGUAGAAAAUCCCAGUCAGUCACACCUGGUCCUUUUUCCAUCAGCAGCAUCGUCAUUGUUAGCGUCUCAUCGCUAGGAGUCAAACCAAUGCUAGUUUGGUGACAUCAUCUGUCUAAAGUUUAGAAAAUAUAACUGUGGUCACUCAGUGUUUUUCUAGCGCUCAUUGUUGUGACUUUGGGCGACUUAUUUUUUUUUGUGAUAUUAGUUUCUUAAAAGAGGGCCUCUAAGCGGUAGCGUCCUCCUUGUGUCCUUGGAGGAAUUUCCUGUCUAUUCAAGUCUUAAGAGUAUGUUUAUAGUAUUAUGAAAUAAAUCCCAAGUUGCACAAAUCUUCACCUCUGUUACUAAGAAAUAGAUGGCGUGAAUGAGCUUCAUUUAACAUCUACCAGGAAAAACGUUCAAACAUGAUGUGAUGCAUGACUUUGCCAGCCUGUCGUUUUCCAUAACAAUUUGUCUUAAGAAUUUCUUGAACAGUUAUUUCUAAUUAUAGGAAAGAGAAGAUUCUGUUCAUAAAAUAGGAGCUUCCAAUAAAUAACGCUUCCAAAUACGAGUGAAGGAGGAUGUAAGGAUUUACACCGUAAUUAGUAUGUACAGUAGAAUAUGUAUAAUGUUUUACCAAGUGUGACGAGGAGUGGCCCAUGAAAUAGUUAGAUACUAACAGAUUGCUCAGAGUACAAACUGAUGGACCGUCAUUUAUUGUGAAAACCUGCUAUAUAUGAAGUUUAUUUCCAUAAAUCUCUUUAUUAGGAUCCCUAUCGGCACCAGCAUACGCAUUUGCUAUUCUUCCUGGGGUCCAACACAUACAGUCACACACCCUUCUACACAGUGCAAUAUAACAAAACAAAGACAAACAGGAAGACUAGCCCCUCUAACAGAAUUAACAACAUUCAUACAGAAGAGAAAAAAAUGGCCAUCCAUAUCACAGACCUGCAAAAGAACAAAACCAUCGUCCUCUUCUGUCUUCAAAAUUAUUGUCAGACUUGAUGUUCCAACAAACAUAUAGGGUAAAUAAUAUAAUAUACAGAUUUGCCUCUAUUCAUACAUUUUGUUUAAUAGAAAUGAUUGUCUGAAAGACCUUUAUUAAAUACAUUUCUAACUG